UGAUAUUGUAGAUACAGUUGUAACAACAAUGACCAGUUCAUCUUUAUCCAUAGUUAUAAAAAAUAUCCUAAAAAAAUACCAAGAUGGUGAGAUGGUUUUGAUGUUUUACGAAUCAAAACAUUGUUUAAAUAGUGCUAUGAGGAACAAAUUGGUAGCUGUAAUAAUAAAGGACCAAAUUCAAAACAAUAAGAAUUUAAAUAGGACAAGAUUUAUUGAAUUAGCUAAGGGAAUUGAAGAAUUAUUUCCAUCUGAAACUGAAGAGUUGUAUUUUAUACCAUAUUGUAAAGAGGGAAAUAUUAUUAGUCCCAAUAGAGGGAAAUUAUACGAUAAAUUUUGUAAUAUAAAAAAAGAUAUCACAAAAAUAAGUGGCUCGAAAAGGAAACAUUCGGAUGGCAAUAAAGAAUUUAAUUUGAAUGAUGAAGGUAUAAAGCAUAAUUAAUUAAAUAUAUUAAAAUUAAGAAAAAAAUAUGCAGGUAAUGGCUAUUGUAUAUUGUUUGUUUGUUUGUUUGUGCUUAAGAUUAUCAAGACUCAUUAAUAUGGCUACGAAACAAUAUUGGACCAGAUAAUAUUUUACAUAAAUUGUGGAAAGAAACAUCAGAAUUUCGGUUGUUAAAAAAUAAAAAUAUUAAUAUGAUGACAACAUAUUUAGGUCUGAGCAAACCCACUGGUCAUAUUUUGGUUAGUUUUAUUUUUAGCCUUUUAAGUAAUCUUGAUA